AUGCCCGCAGCUCUUCUCCGGUGCGGCCUCAUAUUGGAGGAGGUGGGGGCGGUGGUGGGGGCGACAGGGGCCGCCGGCGGAGGCGACAAGAAGCUGCGGCCGCCACCUGCCGCCCCCGCCGCUGACUCCGCCAACUUGGCGGCUGCGAUAUUCGCCGCCCGCGGCAAAACGCGCGCCUCGAGCCCAUAUAUAACUACUUGCCAACUCUUCACGCUGACGCCACCUACAGGUCGCCCCGCGCCCCCGGCCCCCCGCUUCCCCGCCCCCCCGUCCCACCCCUUGGCCUCCUACCCCCCUGCCCCCUUGCCCCCCUGCCCCCCUGCCAUCACCACCCCUGCCGCCCCCACAGCCCGCGGCUGA